CCCGGCGCCGCCCCGCUCGCUCGCUCCCACGUCCAGACCGGUCUGCGCCGGUUUCGCCCCCGCGGCUCGCCCUUCCCCCGGCAGCGCGCAGGCCUGGGCCGCGGAGCCGCGGUCGUGACGUGAUCGCGCGGCCGCUCCGCACCCCUCGCCGCGCUCCCAGGCCGCCGUUGCCCGCCCGCGUCCCCGGCCCGGCCUGCGCCCAGGCCCUCCGCCGCCAUGGACGACUACGCGGUUCUGUCGGACGCCGAGCUGGUGGCCGUGCUGCGCCAGUACAACAUCCCGCACGGGCCUGUCGUGGGCUCCACCCGCAAGCUCUACGAGAAGAAGAUCUUCGAGUACGAGACCCGGAGGCGCCGACUCUCGCCCCCAAACUCGUCCGCCUCCUCAUUCUCCUAUCGCUUCUCGGAUCUGGACUCGACCUCGGUGGACUCGGAUAUGUACGAUCUGCCCAAGAAAGAAGAUGAUUUGCUGUACCAGAGCAAGGGCUACAAUGAUGGCUACUAUGAAGAGAGUUACCUGAGCACCAGGACUUAUGGGGAGCCUGGGUCGGGGGGCUCAUCCAAGGGCCUCCGGGAGCCCCUGACCUCACUCCACGAUGCUGACACCUUCCAUCAACAGGUGCAAGACGACAAUCUUUUCUCUUCUUCUGAGGAGGAAGGCAAGGAAAGGGAGUGCCCCUCGUACAGCCGGGACAGCGCCUACCAGAACAUCGCGCACUACCGCCCACUUUCCAACAUGUCCCAGACCUCCGAUGGCCAGUCCUAUUACCCCACGUCGUCCUCCACCUCCUCUUCCUCCUCCUCCUCCUCCUCCCCACCUUCCUGGCUGACCCGCCGGGCCAUCCGACCGGAAAAGCAGACCCCUGGGGCCGGGCUGGGCCAGGAGCGCCAGGUCCCUCUCUGGGGCCAGCUGCUCCUUUUCCUGGUCUUUGCUGCUUUCCUGGUGUUUGUUUACUACUCCAUGCAGGUUGAAGAGGGCAACCCCUUCUGGAUGGAGCCCUGAGGGCUUGGCUUCCUAACCAGCUCUUCCCCAGGCCUGGCUCAACUGCCUUAGCAGUGUUUUUGCUGGGGUGGGGGGUGGGAGCUUACCUGUGUGUUUCUAGCUUGUGGGGGCUAGGCCUGGCCCAGAUCAGUGUUUUGGUCCCCUCCCCCUCCUGCCAGGCCCUCUGGGGAGGUGGCAGGCUCGGGCCUUCCUCCCUCGCUGGGCCCAGGAGCUGGCCUUGCGGGGCCUCCUGGCCCUGUCUGCCUCUGACCUGUAGGGCCCUGGCAGGACACGACACCGUUCCUUCCGAGGAGCACGUAGUUGUUUCUUGCAUGCAUCCUAUUCGUUGUUAACCAGCGUGGGAGAUUCACCAAAGGCCACCCCGAUUUUGUUUUUGUGAACACACAAUAAAAAGACCAUUUAUUUUGAA